CAUCCCAUAUCAUCAACCUCAUCAAAGCUAGAACAACAGCAGCAACAACAGCAACAACUCUUCUCACUUCCAGUAGACCUGCAACCAAGCAAAAAAAAAGAACCCCAACAUGAAGUUCGCAAUCUCCUCCUCCAUCGCAAUCUUCGUGCUCCAAUUCCUUGCCAGCACCCAGCUCACUGAAGCCGCGCCUCCCCACAGCGGUCCUGUCACCGGCAGGACCAUCGCCCUGAGAUCCCCAAACGAGUACUGUCUCUUCCUCCCACCCAUGUUCGGUGGCGGCAUUUCCGAGAGCGAGAGCAGCGCCGUCGCGUUCUGCAACCGGCCCCUCACAAGCGCCCCUGAUGCCAGGACCCUUCCCCGAGGGUUCAUCAAGAGCCUGCAUUUUGUACAGAACGACAGAAAGAAAUACGUCCAGAUCACGGGGCGGAUCGAUCGCAGCAAGUACGGAUUGUCGAGACACGAUAGUGGAGGACUGUACGACGAACAUGCACCUGAAGGAGCCCGUUGCGCGGGAUACAAGCACUUUGUGGAGAUGGUCGAACCCGAUACCCAGGUUUAUUGUCUCCGCUGCUGCCAGAACGAGGCUGAUUGUCCUGUGGAGGGGUCGAUGGGCGGCUGCAGGUCCAUGGUUAGGGGAGACUACUCCUGAGCGUGCGAACGUCUGUGAAUGAUCAAGACCUCUGGCUUGGAG